UCAUUCUCUUCUUCAGAGAUCAACGCUUUGGAAGAAUCUCAAAGUGCUGAAUCAUCAAAUUCCUGUGGAGCAGUUACCAUGGCAACGAUGACUAACGCUGCAUUGAAAUACAAGGAGAUCAUCUCAAAAAGUUAUGAGAUCAAAAGAGGAUCUCCUACACUCUACCAGCUGAGACCAAAGGAAGAGAAUAUUGGAACUUUGAAAAGAAGGACUCUUGGUGUAAAGAAUCCCAACAAGUUAAACAAAACCAUCCUUCUUGUUGGUGAAACUGGAGCAGGAAAGUCUACUCUGAUCAACGCUCUGGUGAACUUCGCCAUGGGAGUGAAGUGGGAGGAUGAUGUCUGGUUUCAGAUCGUAGAGGAAGAGAAGAAAGAGCAAACACAGAGUCAGACGUCAGAUGUGAUCGUGUACGAGAUCUUUGGACAUGAGGACAAAACUCUGCCCUACUCUCUGACCGUCAUCGACACUCCUGGACAUGGAAGCACAGGAGGGAUUGAACAUGAUGGAAGGGUCAGUCAACGGUUAUUUGACUUGUUCCGCUCAGUGGGCGGAGUCCAUGAGAUCAAUGCGGUGGGUCUGGUGCUGAAAGCAGGCGAGAAUCGACUGAACGACAGACUUUCAUACGUCUUUAAUUCAGUGGUGUCUCUGUUUGGAAAAGACCUGGAGCAGAACAUCGUUGCCCUCGUCACACACUCACCUGGAAGGACUCCUAAAAAUGCUCUGGAUGCCCUCGAUGCUGCAAACAUUAAGUGUGCAAGAAAUGACAAGAACCAGCCUGUUCACUUCCUGUUUGAUAACUGCCAACACGAAGCCAGGACAGAGGACGUAGAAGAUCUUGAACAAGCAUAUAACAAAGCUAUGAAAGGAAUGAAGCAGUUCACAGACUUCCUGCAAAAAACUGCACCUCAAAAGCUGGAGACAACCCUUCAUGUUCUGAAUGAACGAAUUAGACUGACAGCCUGCAUCCAGAACCUGCAGGAGAGAAUCCAGUCUAUGGAACUCAAACAGAAGGAAAUCCAACAGACUCAAGAAGCUCUGAAGAAAUAUGAAGAAGGGAUGAAGUCUUUUGAAGGGUUCACUAUUGAAGUCGAUGAGUCCUACAAAGUUAAAGAGCCUAUCGAAUCUGGACGUUGGGGGUUGUUCUUCUAUGAAGGAGCCGUCACCUGCAACAUCUGUGAGGAGAACUGUCACUUUCCUGGAUGCACCAUGGCCCUCAAACCUUCACACUGUGAGGUCAUGAAAGAAGGUCGCUGCACCUCAUGUACCAACAGGUGCCCUGCAGCAGACCACGUUAAACAAGGCUGGAGGUACGUGACCAAGACCAAGAAGGUUAAGAAAACUCUGGAAGAAGUGAAAAAGAAAUAUGAAGAGAAUAAAGCCCAGAACAUGGGUAUUUUGGAAAGUCUUCAAAAAGAGAUGGAAAACCUUGAAGCACACAAAACAGAAUCCCUGUACGAGGCCUACAACCACGUGGUCAAACUGGAACAAAUCGCCCUGACUGUGGUUUCAGUGUCCACUUACGUCCACCUGGACUUCCUCAUCGAGGAGAUGGAGAAGAAAGGGGACACUGAGAAGGUCCAGAAGCUGAAGGAGAUGUCCAGUAAAAAAGAUAAUGUAUUCAUCGCAGGGUUCAAGUACAUGUAUGGUAAAUUAUUCAGCAGCAAGUAAAAUGAGAAGAGGCACUGAGGUCCAGACGGACGAUGCAUCAGACGAGCUCUUACUAGAACGUUAGACGAUCCUGUAGACGCCAAUGAUGUGUGACCUUUGGAUUUUCAUUUUGACGAAGACGUCCUCCUAGUCUGGAUUAUCGCUUGGAGACAUGAAGCUUCGUAAUCGUAGAACAAAUCCAUGUUUUGGGAAAAGAAAGUUUAAAGACGUUUGAAGCUGUGUUCCAUCUUCUGGUUUUUAAGCACUUUUCCCCAAAAAGGGGCAUGAAGCUCGGCAGUAAAGAUCACAAAAUAUAUAUAUACAUAUAUUGUGAUCUUUACUGCCGAGCUUCAUCACAGUUUAUAAAAACUCAAAUAUAAAACUAUAUCAUCUGUAAUUCUGCAAAUGUACGAUUAUGUAAACAUUACGUUGCUUGAUUUAAAGUCUCUGAUCAGGUUCCAGAUCCACAUUAAAUGAUCAUUAAACUUUCCUCAAGUGUCUUCAGUUGUUGUUCAAUCAAACUUCCUUUAAUGAACAAGUUUUUUUUCUUUAGCGACUAGAGAUUCAAACAUUGUGUGGCAGAGAGGACUCCUCUGCGCAGGUUCCCGAUGGAGUA